CACAAGCAGUGGCUGGGCUCUGAGAGAGAGAGGGGCAGGCUCACAUCACAGGGAGAGAGGGAAGAGGAGAGACACAGUCACAGAAGUGAAGAGACGUGACAGAGAGGAGAGACGCGUACUGCCUCUCAGGAAAAUUAAGGCACCGUACAACGGAGCAGAGUACUGAGAUGGAUCCCAUCCUGGAGGAGGUCCUGAGAGAGGCAAACACUACUGGAGGCCCCUCCCUGAAUCACAGCAACAACCCUCUGGACAUGUUCUCUGGCAUGCAGCUGCUGCUGCGCUUCAAGCCCCUCUUUCUGCCCCUCUACUCCCUCCUGGUAGCCGUGGCCGGCAUAGGCAACUCCAUCCUGCUGGCCUGUAUCCUGGCCGACAAGAAGCUCCACAACGCCACCAACUUCUUCAUCGGUAACCUGGCGGCCGGCGACCUGCUGAUGUGUCUGACCUGCGUCCCUCUGACUGCCUCAUACGCUUUCGACAGCCACGGCUGGGCCUUUGGACGCCCUCUCUGCCACCUGGUGCCACUGCUGCAGGCCGCCACCGUCUUCGCCUCGGUGCUGUCCCUCACGGCCAUCGCUGUGGACCGCUACGUGGUGGUGGCCCACCCAGUGAGGAGGAGGAUCUCUGUGGGGGGCUGCGGUGCGGUGGCUCUGGGGGUGUGGGGGUUGUCUCUGGCCCUGGCUGCCCCUCCCUCCCUCCACACGCGCUACCUGGACCUGAGACCCCGUGGGAUGGAGCUGGUGGUGUGUGAGGAGUUCUGGCCGAGCUCUGGCCAGCUCAGGCUGCUCUAUUCCUGCUGUAUCCUGGUAGCCUCCUAUAUGAUCCCUCUGCUGUCAGUCAGCGUGUCCUACUGUGCUAUCUCAGUGCACCUGAGACGCCACACGUUGCCCGGAGAGCCCUCACACUGCCAGCAGCGCUGGAGCCAGAGGAGGAGGAAAACCUUCUCUCUCCUGGUGGCAUCUGUGCUUGCCUUUGCCCUCUGCUGGCUGCCCCUGCAGGUGCUGAACCUGCUACUGGACCUGGACCCAGACUACCACAUCGUGGGCAAGCGCUACGUCAACGUGCUGCAGGUGUGCUGCCACCUGGUGGCCAUGAGCUCCGCCUGCUACAACCCCUUCAUCUACGCCUCCCUGCACAGUAAGGUCUGGCUGCACCUCAAGGGCUACCUGUGUCCUUGCCGCAGCCAGGGGCCCCCAGGGGGCCAGCUCCUCUCCCGCUGCACCUCCCGGAACCCCGCCACCUGCCUCAGCCUACUCUCUGAGGUCCCCGCCACCGCCAAGAAGACCCCGGGGGCCGCCGGUCCCGAGUCCGACCCCACCAACGACAGCACCCUAUGAGAGCAUCAGGAACCACAGCAUGGUUUAUAAGUAGGGGUCAAAGAUCAUAUACCACAGCAGCAGCCAUUACAUAUAUCUCAUAUACGCAGUUAGAGACGACAACGGGUCUCCAGCCAGACACACACUGUAGGAGCAGGGAGGAGGGGGAGAAUGAGGAGAGGCGGAGAGACAGUGUGACAUGGGGGUUAGACUGCUCUGAAGACCGUCAACCCUCUGGAUCGUUCAUUCUAUUUGCCUUAGGUGUCACUACAGCAGCCCUGCUGCCAACGACGAUGAGCAGGUCCCCCAGCUAUUCCGAGGCAGAGUGUAAACACUGUCGCGACCUUGGGCUGGGAUGCAGGUUUGGCAGCGGCAGAGGGGGGAGAUGACCCUUCUCUGAACUCCUCACUCUCCAAAUGGAUUACGCACUAAACAGAGGAGGACGGCAGGGCACAAACAGUCACUCUUUUCUGUUGUUCUCUCAUUCUACUACGCUUUCGCCUGAUUUUGACAUCUUUCAUAUUUUCUCUCCCUCUUCUUACUCUCUCUUAAUCUCUCUUUCCGAUUUACUUAAAUGUAUGUAGCUAUACUUUUAUUUUUGAUUCCUCUCUCUCUCUUUUUCUCUGCCCACCUUUCCCUAUCCCCCCCCCCUUCU